AUGUCUUGUACAUCAAUAACAAUACUUGUUUUCCUUCUCUUCACUUUCACAUACCUUUUAUUCAAACUCUUAUUAAAUCCAAAACAAAAAACAAUUAAUCAUAAGAAGCCACCAGGUCCCCCACCAUUACCAAUAAUCGGAAACCUCCAUCUAUUGGGUACCCUUCCACAUAGAACACUUGAAUCACUCUCCAAAAAAUACGGUCCAAUUAUGUCCUUUCAACUAGGUCAAGUCCCAGCUAUUGUCAUUUCAUCUUCAAAAGUUGCCGAGUCAUUUCUCAUAACCAACGACAUGGUUUUCGCGAACCGACCAAAUAUUAUUGGAGCGGAGAUCAUGUCUUAUGGUUGCAAAGGGAUGUCAUUUUCUAAGUAUGGUCCUUAUUGGCGUAGUGUUAGGAAACUUUGUGCUUCGAAACUUCUUAGUCCUUCAAAAGUUGAGAUGUUUGGUCCUAUUAGGAAGGAGAAGUUGGAUGUUUUGGUUAAGUCAUUGGAAAAUGGUAGUUUGGUUAGCGAGGUUGUGAAUGUUAGUGAAGUUGUAGAAAAUCUUAUAGAGGAUAUUGUGUAUAAGAUGGUGUUGAGUCGGAGUAAGUAUGAUCAAUUUGACUUAAAGAGGUUGGUUCAACAAGUAAUGACUUUGGUUGGAUCUUUUAACUUGGCUGAUUAUGUUCCUUGGCUAGGUGCAUUUGAUCCUCAGGGAUUAACACGAGCCUGCAAGAAAACUAGUAAAGCACUUGAUGAGGUGUUGGAGACGAUAAUAACAGAGCAUGAACAAACUACUAAUAAUGUAGACAAAGCUAGUCAUGAAGAUUUUGUAGACACACUUGUCACUUUUAUGCACCAAAACAUUGAUGAUGGGAGUGAACAAAAUCACAAUAUUGAUGGAAGUAACAUGAAAGCUAUUUUACUAGAUAUGAUUGUGGCAUCAAUUGAUACAUCUGCUGCCACAAUUGAAUGGGCUUUAUCUGAACUUCUAAGGCAUCCAAGAGUGAUGAAAAAACUUCAAGAUGAGAUACAAAAUGAAGUAGGAAAUAAGAGAAUGGUUGAAGAGAAGGAUUUGAAGAAAUUGAAUUACUUAGAUAUGGUGGUAGAUGAAACUUUACGACUUCAUCCUGUUUCACCUUUAUUACUCCCUCGUGAAUGUAGAGAGAGCAUAACAAUUGAUGGUUAUUUUAUAAAGGAAAAAACACGAGUUAUAGUGAAUGCAUUGACAAUAGGGAGGGAUCCUAAUAUUUGGUCGGAAAAUGCGGAAGAAUUUUAUCCAGAGAGAUUUAUUAACAAGAAAAUGAAUUAUGAAGGACACGAGGAGUUUGAAAGUAUACCAUUUGGAUUUGGUCGUAGGCGUUGUCCUGGAAUUCAAUUGGGUUUGAGGACUGUUAGGUUUGUUUUAGCUCAAUUGGUGCAUUGCUUUAAUUGGAAACUACCCUAUAAUAUCAGUCCUUCCAAUUUGAACAUGGACGAGAAAUUUGGACAAUCUAUACACAGAGCUCAACACUUGCAUGCAAUACCAAUUUAUCGUUUGGAAGCUCAUCACAAGCUUCAAUAG